AUGGCUGCAGAUGGUUUCAAUCUGAAGAACGAGUGUAUAAUCCCAAGCGCCGCUUUGAGAGUGGAACAAAAGGCGGUUUUCAAGCCUGGGCCAAACACCUCCGUUCUGCAGGAUAACUUUUGGGAAUCAAGAAAAGACGAGCAGGAUCAUAGUACGCGCAAUGGGUUUUCGAGGCGGACUGUCGAUCGCCACAAUCCACUCCAGAAGCACACCGUUGGCUCAAGCACAGACCAUGGCUUUCGAAUACGACGUGCGACAUGCAAGCGAAGGAUUGAGCGCAUGCAACAUAAACCGGAUCCGGGUUGGGAAAACCUGCCUAUAAGAAAGACGUGCAGCUUCGCCUCUCCUACCGGUAUCAGCUUCACAAUCAGGCUGAUGCGAGACCAAUGUCCGCGAUACGCGACUCUCUACAUUCGUCAACGGAUAAGGCGGAAGAUGCCUGGCGUCUAG